AUGGUUUCCGUGGCUAAAAAGCAGGAUGAAGCAGAAGGAGAAGCACCCGUGUCUGCUCCAGCACCUCCAGCGCACCCUCCACUUCCCAGCGUUCCUCCAACAAAGCAAGACAGCAAUGGCAGCAAACCGUCUCAAGACCCUAACCUCGCCAAUCCCCGACUACUGGUCAACAGAUCCUGCAUUUACGAGCGUCGACUACCUGGCGAUGCCUAUAUUACAGCACACGUCCAACGGCUCCAACACGGUUACUACUCCUGUCCCGCCGUGUCAGACAAAGACUUUGAACACGUCGACUUCCUCGCCGUUAACUUCGUCUUUCAUUCACCUAAUACGUUAGAUCACCGGUUCAUGGCAGCUACCAUUCGCGCAUCCGUCCAUGGCAACCGCAAAAUGUCCACUCCCGGCCAGAUACAACCCCGGUUCAUAAUGCACGCACCACAUCUGAUCUACGGAGCCGUAUCGCCAGAGACACUACAAUGGAAUUUUGGACUAGCAGGCAGUUUAGGUGUUUCAGAGUUCCCCGUGAGCGCGAGUAUCUCACCAUCCGGAGGUGUGCUUGGACGAUACCGACGAUACGAAAUGAUGCGAAUUCAAGGGUCUGCGCGGACGUUGAAAAGCCCCCAUGGACAACAAUAUGACAUUGAAUCCGGGGAGAUCGUCUGGUCACUGGAGGAGAACUCACUGCAGCGCUCUGGUCUACCGCGGGAAUUUACAUUCGCCAUGCUAAUUCACAAACCACGCGCCGAGAGUCGAAUCCAUUUCUCCUUGGACAUCGAUCCGGUAAUCCAAUCGUGGUAUGGAAGCUAUCCGAAGUGCUGGUUAUCACUUUCACGGUACCAACCUGUACAACGACGACCGAUUGAUUUCAGACGGGAUAUAGGACAACGGUUUGAGACGGGGUCAUCAUCGAAAAAGAAACGAUUCAACUUCGCAACUCUUGAAAGCUCGUUUGACGAGUAUGUUAACAUGCCAGGAAGAAGGUUCACGACGGGCACCAACCCGGAUAACAACCUUUUCCGAGACGAUAAUGAAUUCAAUCCAGAUGUUGUCAGGGGGUUGUCCGCAGUUGAAUCUCGUGGGAAGACCGCCCCGCGCAAACCUGCGAAUCACCCGCCAAACGAACCCCCAGCUGCCAAUUUGAACGUCCGCGUCCUGUUAGAUACAGCGUCGAGUAGCACGACGAAACGACGUAGGAGAAUGUCUAACCCAGAGAGAGGCAUGCGCAGGACAGAGCCACUUCGGAGAACUAGGUCUGGGGAUACUACGUAUCAGUAUCAGUCGAAGAUGUUGGCUUUAGAGCAGGCGGACGAUUAUUAG